AUGGCGAGCGCAAAGCAACAGGAGAAUAUGCUGCUUACUGAGCACUUUACUUGGCCUCCUAUUUCCCUAAUCGACGACAUAAUAAACGCCAUAAACGAAGUCCUCUACCGCUGCACCGACUCCUUCGAAACCGGUCUCUCCUCCGCCGACCCCUCCCUCCUCGGUUUCGCCGACCUCUACGCCUCGCAAAACCGCACACCGGCCAAAGACGAAGACGGAAACGAUGUAUACCCAGAAGCGCGGUUGGAGAUUGAAGAGGGAGUGCUAAAGCUAGAGACGCUCAUGGAGAAUGCCGUGGACAAGAACUUUGAUAAAUUGGAGAUUUGGACAUUGAGGAAUGUGUUUGCGUUGGGCAGGGGGAAGGGGCAGGAUGAGGGGUUGGCAGAGUGGGUGAGAUUGGGGCAUUAUGAGAACCUCGAACCGCCCUCCAAAAACUCAACCCUCACCCCAGAAGCCCUCUACACCCUCCGCCGCAAACUGAUCGAAACACAAAAGUUAAACGCCGCUCUCCUCGCUGAAAAAACGCGCAACGAGACACAAAUAGCACGGUUACGCGCCCUUCUCACACCGUCUACGUUGCCGAAACGUGAAUCCCUUGCCUCGACAGGAGGAGACAAUGAGCAGGAGGGACAAGCAGCGCCCUUCGCCUUCCUAACGCACGCGCCUGCUGCGAAGGAAAUAGGCAUACAAUCCCUACCUCACACUCACACAAACGCCGAGAAGAACACGGAAAAGAACAGCAACACCGACACAAAACCCACACACACGCCCCUGACAACACAUACCUCCUUCACAACAACCCAACUCCCCUACCUCCGCCAACUCCUCGCAAGCCUAAAACCGCAUUUAGCAAACACCGCUUUACCCAGCAACACUUCCUCUCCUCCUUCUUACUCUACCUCCAACGCCCAACAACAACAGCCACAAUCCAAAGACAAAGAAGAGUUAACCCGCGAACGCAAGAUUUACGUUGAAAGUCAGAGUAAAAGAGUGCUGGAGAGACGGGGUGUGGAUACAAAGGAUGGGGUUGAAGGGGUUUGGGAGGGGGGCAGUAGGGUGGGGAGUGAGGAGGUUAGGGGGUUGGAGGGGUUGGUUGAGGGGAUGGGUAGGGGAGGGGAUAAGAGGAGGGUGCAGAGGGAGGAGCAGCAGGAGGAGGAGGGUCUUGAGGGGAUACAAGAAGGGGAUGAGGAUGAGGAUGCUAUGGACACGAGCUGA